UAGACUGAAUCGAAAGAAAACUAUUUCCGGUACAAUUUCGUGAGAAAAUGGAGUGCACCUGCUAUUGUUUUUCUGUUAACUUCCAUGUUUUAGGUUAAAUGCAAUGAGGCCUUGACUGGCCCGUGGGAUCGCUUCAGGUACACGUAUGUGAGCAAUCUGAAGAACACAAUGACCAUCAUAUUCUGGGAGAAACACAUUGAUCAUCAUAUUCCGGAACUCUGGUGAAUUACAUGUACAUGUAGUAUCAGCUUGGCUAACAUUGUCAAAGGUGUGUGCGAUACACCCAUCAUCCACGGCACCAUGUAUCCUUCCAAACUCAUCAGUCACCACCACCAUCAUCGUCACAGCCAUAGUCGUGGCAACCACUGCAAACAUCAUCAUUACAGAACAUCACUAUCAGUCAGAACUUUAACGGUGGAUGUGAGCUGUCGAAGACUCUUCUAUCUCCUCUUUAUAUUAACUGCUUGCUUUGAGCUGAGCUUUCAGCUGGAUAGAACUCAUGUGCAAUAUUCUCCUUACAAACUCACUUCUGUUCCAAUGUCCUCCGCCACCUGCCCGGGUAUGGAACCCCCGACAGAUAGCGAUCUCAGUCGUCAGGCUCAUUUUUCCACAGAGCUUGUUUCAAAUGAAUUCAUAGUGAUGUUUUAUAGUUACUACUCGGCCAAGGCAAGACAUAGAUAUCUAUGCGCAGCCAUGAAGGGCUGCAAUGCCAGUGAUUGGCACAUUGUCACCAGGGACAACCCAGCAUCAGUUUAUCCCAGUGACUUUGAAGUGAUCAAGAUAUCGGGAGCGGAAGAGGCUGAUCUUAGUGCUCUGUCAGAUCACCCUGCUGUAAAGCAGGUAACUCCGCAAAGAAGGGUCACUAGGUCAAUCAAGAGGUCAGAGGUCAUGGAAGAGGAAGGAGAGGAUGAUGAUGAUGUCAUGCCCUUUAUUGAUGGAUUGAAAGUCAAAGAUCCAUGUGAUGGAAAUGGUGCAUACUGCACCAGUAAUUGGACGUCAUCAAGAAAGAUUUCAAGGACAAGUUUAGGAGUGAAUACCAACUUCUGGCACUCGACUGGUCGUCACACAAGCCGUCGUCUUUUGAGGGCAGUCCCUCGCCAGAUCACAAGUGCUUUGGAAGCUGACCUGCUUUGGGAUAUGGGAUUCUCUGGUGCUGGCGUGAAGGUGGCGGUCUUUGACACGGGUCUGAGCGAGAAUCAUCCACACUUCAAGAAGAUCAAAGAGAGGACCAACUGGACCAAUGAGAAGACAUUGGACGAUGGGCUGGGCCAUGGGACCUUUGUAGCAGGAGUUAUCACCAGUCAUAAAGAGUGUCUGGGAUUCGCACCCGAUGCCGAUCUGUACAUAUUCAGGGUUUUCACAAAUAAUCAGGUGUCUUACACGUCAUGGUUUCUGGAUGCCUUCAACUAUGCAAUCCUGAAGAAGAUCAAUGUCCUGAACCUCAGCAUAGGGGGACCCGACUUCAUGGACCAUCCUUUUGUUGAUAAGGUGUGGGAGCUUACAGCAAACAAAGUGAUCAUGGUUUCUGCUAUUGGCAACGAUGGUCCACUUUAUGGAACUUUGAACAACCCAGCUGAUCAGAUGGAUGUGAUUGGAGUAGGAGGAAUCAACUUUGAGGAUUCUAUUGCAAAGUUUUCAUCGAGAGGGAUGACCACAUGGGAGUUACCAGGGGGCUAUGGUCGUCUCAAACCAGAUAUAGUGACAUAUGGUUCAGCUGUCCGUGGGUCAGGACUAAAGAAUGGCUGCAGGACCCUCUCCGGUACUUCAGUAGCUUCACCUGUCGUUGCCGGGGCUGUGACUCUUCUUGCCAGUUCUGUCCAAGAUCGCCAUUGGGUUUUGAACCCUGCUAGUAUGAAGCAGGCCCUCAUGGCUUCAGCCAGAAGACUACCUGCUGCAAACAUGUUUGAACAAGGCCAUGGCAAGCUGGAUCUUAUCAAGGCUUAUCAGAUACUCAGCACAUACAAGCCACAGGCCAGCUUUAGUCCCAGUUACAUUGAUUUGACAGAGUGUCCAUAUUUCUGGCCAUAUUGUACACACCCUAUCUACCAUGGUGGGAUGCCAAUCAUCGUGAAUGUGACCAUCCUCAAUGGCAUGGGAGUGACAGGAAAGAUUGUUGGGAAACCUGUAUGGCAGCCCUUUGCUCCUCAGCAUGGAGAUCAGAUAGAGGUCGCUCUUUCCUUCUCCCCUGUCCUCUGGCCAUGGUCUGGGUACUUGGCCGUGUCCAUCACGGCUGCUCCCACUGCUGCAUCAUGGGAAGGGAUAGCCCAGGGUCAGGUCAUGAUGACCGUUGAAUCCCCUCCUGAGAAUGGAGAGGAGUCUCCCAGACAGAGUAGCCUGAAGCUUCCGAUCAGAGUGAAGGUGAUACCUACCCCUCCCCGAAGUCAACGUAUCCUAUGGGAUCAAUAUCACAAUCUUAGAUACCCACCGGGGUACUUCCCAAGGGAUAACCUCAGGAUGAAGAAUGAUCCCCUAGACUGGAAUGGGGAUCAUAUACACACCAACUUCAAGGAUAUGUAUGAGCAUUUAAGAGCAGCUGGUUUCUAUGUUGAGAUACUUGGUGCUCCAUUCACUUGCUUUGAUGCAAAGCAGUAUGGUACCCUUCUAGUGGUAGAUCCAGAAGAAGAAUUUUUUCCAGAGGAGAUCAGUAAACUGAAGAGAGAUAUUGACAAUGGUCUAUCAGUUAUGAUAUUUGCUGACUGGUAUAAUACCACUGUCAUGAAAAAGGUCAAAUUCUAUGAUGAGAACACAAGACAAUGGUGGAUGCCUGAUACAGGAGGCAGUAAUAUCCCAGCCCUCAAUGAAGUACUAGCCCCAUGGGGCAUGGCAUUCGGGGAUGGUGUCUUUGAAGGAGAGUUUUCCAUUGGUGGCAGGAAAAGCCAAUAUACCUCAGGGACUAGCAUUGUCAAGUUCCCAUCGGAAGGGGGUCUCCUGAUCCAGGCCUCCCUCAAAGACCAGGGCUAUGAGGUCCUCAAGGGGGAGACCAAGACCGCCUCGGAUGUCCCUAUCCUUGGUAUGUUCCAGCAUGGCAAGAGCGCUGGUCGCAUCGUCCUCUUCGGGGACUCCAACUGCCUGGACACCAGCCACAUGCAGACAGACUGCUACUGGCUACUUGAGACCCUCCUUCAGUACACAGCCUAUAGCAACCUCUCCCCCAUGUUCUCUGAUCAUGAGAAUAUAGCUACCUCACUUCCACCGGUAGACACCUUACCCACCAGGAUGGAAGGCAACCACCUGUAUCGCUAUUCCAAGGUACUGGAAGCACACUUAGGGGAACCGAAGCCACGACCCCUCCCUGCUUGUCCCCAGCUGGCCUGGGCUAUUGGAGAACCACUCAAUUUCUCUGCUCCAAGCAAUCUCUACAAGCACCAGAAGCUCCUAUCCGUUCCAGAGGCAUUCCUUCCUCUUGUCCCCAACAGACGCAACGGUCAACCGGUCGUCCCGCAGCUCAUGAAGGAAGAAAACGAGCCCAACGGACCGGGUGGGUUCAACCAGAACCUCUCUGCCUCCGCCCUGGACCAGUUUGGGCCUAUCCCCCUUAUAGGGAUAAUCAGUGUCCUUUUAGUGAUGGGCUUUCUUUUUUAUCAGGUCCAACAACGCAGGACGAGACCAAGAAGACGCAAACCGUACCGCUUAAAGAAGUCUUACCCCCACGCAUCUUCGUCUCUUCAUUACGGCAAGAUGCCGGCGGUAUAGUACUUAGCGAGCUAAUUAGAAAACAAUUUUUUUUAAUGUUCAAAUGUGAAAGGAUGAAUGGGGGCAUGCAUUUGUUUUUUAAAUCCACUGAAAUAGUAUUCAAAUAUUAGUAUGUCUUUAAUGUAUUUUCUAAUAUUUUUCCAUGCAACAUUUUGUAUUAUAACUUUGGCACCAGCGCUGACUUUAUUGGCACUGUAAUUUUGGAAGUUUUUAUUUUGAGUACAGUUUGUUUCCCAACGGGGGGGGGGGAUAUUUUGUAAAAUGUGAAAAGGAA